AUGAGGAGGAUUUACGAGCAAUGUAUGCAGGUCAUCGUAUAUCUCGGUCCAGACUUGGCUACGUCCAAUGUUGCAUCGCGAUACCGCCUGCAUGAGCUUGAAACACACUUCGGUUCUCUUGCUUUGACCCUUCCGAUAUCGUUGCAUGAUAUUCUCAAGCGCAAAUAUUUCAGUCGGAUAUGGGUUAUUCAGGAACUUGUUCUUUCCCAGCGCGCUCUUUUCCGUAUCAAACAUUACGAGUUCUGGGCCGACUCGCGCACCGCCCAUUGCCUACCGCCAUCGUGGAGCUGGGACUCGACUGAGGCAAGGUGGGUUCAAUUCAUGGCCACAAAGACACUCCCUGUCAAGAAUAUUCUGGAACUGUUACAACUUGCAUCCCAAUCGCACGCUUCAGAUCCGCGGGAUAAAUUGUUUGGUCUGCUUGGCCUGUACCAAGGAGAUGCCUCAGCGCAAGCCCUGCCACCGGACUACUCCUUGUCAGUACAGAAUGUAUUCCUCGGUUUCUUUGCAUACUGCCUUGUUAAUCUGAAACACGUGGAUCUCCUUUAUCGCGCUGCGGGACUGGGAGCACCCAAAUCAUCUCCUUCCUGGGUGCCUAACUGGGAGGCUGAUUGGCCGCACAUCUUCACCACACCCGCAGUUGAUUCAGACGAGAUGGCCGGUCGCAUCACCCAGCAUAUUGGUUGUAGCAAACUCGGUAUCCUUCAACCAGACUCCAAGGCGCCUCGCUGGGCCCGCUCUUUGAUAUUCCGAGACCAACCCCAGUCUCCUGAGUGGGCCGAAGCUCUCUUCCACCGACGGCCCUGGUUCCACGAUGCCAGCAUCCAUGCCAAUACAGGCGCCCUGAGGGUAUACCUGACGCACUUCUGCGCUAUAUCCCGCCGGCCCAGUCUAGUGGAUACAAUUGGGUCCUCUUGUUUGUUCGAAGUUCUUGGAAACAGCUCUCGCCUGUUCCUUGCCUCAGAGACAAACCUGGAAAGCACGGUCGAUCCCACAGACGACCACCUCUUCAUCCUCAAUACCGGGAACUCGAAGCUCAUCUACCUCAUCCUGCGCCCGUUAGCCUACCCGAGAACAUAUAAAAUGAUCGCCGCCUGCACCCACCUAUUCAUCCACUUCCAUGGCGGUAUCACACCAUUCCGUUCGCUCUCCAUCUCCAGCGUCGCCGUCGGCAUCAGCGUGAUCCGCUCCGGUCUUAACAUUUCUAUGGCCGACCUGACAGGCAUGAACAUGUACUUCCCCAGCGCAGAAACUGGCUGGGAUACCCUCUCCGCGUACUGGGGCAUGCUUAUGGACUCAGGCAUCUAUGUUUUGCAAUCAUUGGACCGAGGCUACCAAGUGGCGGACUCCGCUAUCGGUUGCCUGGAGUGCGAUGCAGGUGUGGUUCAGAUUGGUGAUGAUGGUGCAUAG